ACAGGAGAAACAGGCCAAGGGGCGUUGAAAGUGGAUUGUUGCUGGUUUUUUUCCUUUUUCUUUGAUAUUUGAUUUACUUUGCUUUGGCCCCAGCAAAGUAAAAAUAACUCAUUUAUAACUGUUCAAACUCAGUUUCUGUCAAACCAACUUCCGAAGGCUAUGGCCCCUGGUAUGAAGAUCGUUUUUGGAUUGUUGACAUUUGUCACUGUAGGAAUGAUUAUCGGUGCUUUGUUCCAGCUAGCUUUUAUACGCGGAUUAGAAGAUUCAUACGGUAGUGACUUUCCAACUGCAAAAUUGCAUGGGAGUCAGAGUGAUGGCUAUCUUAAGUUGCCAAGAGGUAUGAGUCAUUGGCAUGGUGACAAAGAAGCAGAAAUUUUGCGUCUUGGAUAUGUCAAACCUGAAAUAAUCAGCUGGUCACCUCGAAUUAUUGUACUUCAUAAUUUCCUUAGCAAUGAGGAAUGUGACUACCUUAGAGCCAUUUCCCGCCCUCGACUUCAAACUUCUACUGUGGUGGAUGCAAGAACUGGGAAGGGAAUUAAGAGUAAUGUCAGGACAAGCUCUGGUAUGUUCCUGAGUCCAACAGAGAAAAAGUAUCCAAUGAUACAGGCAAUUGAAAAGCGGAUUUCUGUCUUUUCUCAAAUACCAGUUGAAAAUGGGGAGCUUAUCCAAGUUUUAAGGUAUGAAAAGGAUCAGUUUUACAAGCCCCACCAUGAUUACUUUUCUGAUACUUUUAACUUGAAGCGUGGUGGUCAACGAAUAGCAACAAUGCUUAUGUAUCUAAGCGAUGAUGUUGAAGGAGGAGAAACAUAUUUCCCUAUGGCUGGUACGGGUGAUUGUAACUGUGGUGGGAAGAUUGUGAAAGGGCUGUCUGUAAAACCAAUCAAAGGAGAUGCAGUGCUUUUCUGGAGCAUGGGGCUAGAUGGACAGUCGGAUCCAAAUAGCAUUCAUGGAGGAUGUGAAGUUUUGUCAGGAGAGAAGUGGUCAGCAACAAAAUGGAUGAGGCAGAAACCUACUUUCUGAUAUUAAGUCCUUGUCCAUCUUUUAGAUAUAUUUAUGGAUAGGGGGGUAGCCUUUCACUAUGUCUGGAAAUUCAGAUCUAAUGUUUUAGCCAAUGAGUAAAAAAUUUAACUCUUGAAAGUAGGAAGUUAGUAUUGCCUAUAUACCGACAUCGAGUUUGGCACUUGCACCAUCAAAAUACCAUAUAAGAAUAGUGUACAGCUUGAGACAGGAAGAAUUUGAUGUAGUAGCAUAAGUCAUUUUUUUGCACCUAUUUAAGGAGUUUACUUUGAUGCCCUUCAUGGUUACCCCCAUCCCCAACCCAAGGACAAAGUUUCUGUAUGUUGUUUUCAGACAUUAUUGUCCUUGCAUAGUCAUAAUGGUGAAUUUAGAACUCUUUGUAACAAACAUUUGUUGUAAUGAGUUGUAAGUAUCAAUUUCCAUCUUGCCUGCUUUUAGUCCUUUAA